AUGAUCGCGAAGGCUCUUGUUCUGUCCCUGUUUGCCUCUGGCGUUGCAGCGGCUGGCGUCACUGGCACUCCUUCCGGCUUUGCCGCAGCGACCACUGGUGGUGGUGAUGCUGAACCAGUGUAUCCUACCACCACCGAGGAGCUUACUAGCUACCUUACUGACGACACGGCCCGCGUCAUCAUCUUGAACCAGGAGUUCAACUUCAUCGGUACAGAAGGGGAGACUACCGAGGACGGCUGUCGCCCUGACUCAAACUCCUGCCCUGAUGAUGGUGGUCAGGAUGCCAUUAACGGCGCAGACUGGUGCACCAACUCCGACUACCCUGCUGUUUCUGUAACGUACGACAAGGCAGCUAUCACGCCUAUCAACGUUGGCUCAAACAAGUCCAUUGUCGGCGAAGGAACGAAGGGCGUGAUUCGGGGUAAAGGCCUGCGUUUCGCCGGAUCUGAGAACAUUAUUGUUCAAAAUAUACAUAUCACUGAGCUCAACCCACAGUACAUUUGGGGCGGCGAUGCGAUCACCCUCGCCGGUACUGACUUGAUCUGGAUCGAUCACGUAAAGACUUCGCUCAUCGGUCGCCAGCAUAUAGUUGCUGGCUACGACCCAAGCAAACGCGUGACUAUCUCCAACACUGAGAUUGACGGUAACACGAGCUGGUCUGCUAGCUGUGACAACCGCCAUUACUGGGCUCUCCUACUCAUUGGCAGUGGCGACAAAAUCACCUUCCAGGGCAAUUACAUCCACCAUACCUCGGGUCGCAGCCCCAAGGUUGGCGGCACUGGCGAUGGAACCCUCCUCCACGCAGUCAACAACUACUUCUAUGAUAACACUGGUCACGCUUUCUCUAUUGCAGCUGAUGAGAAUGGUCGCGUUCUUGCUGAGGGCAAUGUCUUCGAGUCUGUCAAAAAGCCAAUCGAGGAUGGUGUCGACCUGUUGUACGCAGUUACCGACAAUGGCGCGGCGUGUAGCAGCCCGCUUGGUCGCACUUGUCAGGCCAACCAACUUACCGAUAGCGGUGACUUCAGUGGUACUGCAACUGACUUCCUGAGCGGCUUCGCGGACGAGGGUGUUGAUGCUGAGGCAGCAAGCGGGAUUGCGGCGAGCGUGAAGAGCAACUCCGGUGUUGGCAAGUUGUAAUUGGACAUAAAGAACCAGAUAGGGUUGCAAAAAUGCUGUCGACAUUUGUGUAAUUGACAUCAAAGUCAAGGUGUCUUGAUUCCGAUCUCACAGCUACAAUCAAUGCACAAUUCACAAAAGACAGUUACACAAUGCGUGCAGUGAUAACUCAACCCCACUCAAGAAGUUGACAUUCAGUGAUGUGGCUAGUACGUGAUUAUGG